GGAAGAGGCCUUCAAAGCGACGGAACUUGUUUAGCCAAAACUGGUCUUCACCCGUCUACGGCCACGGCGUCAGUAUGGACUUCAUAGUAGGCAGCUUCCGCACACCUUCACUCUGGCUACUACAAUUCAACCCUGAGACCUCCAGCUUAAAAAUCGUAAAAGAGCAUCCAGCUAUCGGCGGACAUUCCUGGCUCUCACUAUCCAAAGACAAGAAGAACCUUUAUACCACAGUCUGGGCCGAGAAACCAUGCAUAGCCUCCUACGAAAUUCGAUCUGGGGGCCGAGACAUCCAAUUCCUGAAUGCCAAGCACGUAAAAUCUCUUGCUGGAUAUGUGUGUAACAACGAGACACAUGUCUUCUCGACUAGUGGUCCUUCUGGAGAAGUGUUCCGCAAGGAGGCUGACGGGUCGCUGGGGAGCUUGGUUCAGGAACUUGACUUUGUGACUGGUCAGGGAGAGAAUCAAUCUGAGAAGAGAGGCGAAGUGGCGCAUGGGGACUUUGGGGGUCUGAGGCAUGGUGCUCAUUCUGCGGAUCUAUCGCCGGAUGGCAAAUAUUUAUAUGUUGCGGACAUUGGACGAAACUGUAUCUGGACGUACAGCGUUACGCAUUCGAAACGAGGAACUGAUGAACUGCCAUUGAAGUUUGGAACGAAGCAUAUCUCGCCGAGAAGUCAUGAUGGACCUCGUCAUACCUGGCCACAUCCAAAUGGCAAGAUCUUGUAUUGCUUGCAGGAGCACAGCAGUAUGGUCGAUGUUUUCAGUAUAGCAGAAGAUGGUGUCACCCUGAAGCAUCUUCAAGGCGCUCCUGUGCUUCCUGAAGGCAAAGACUGCAAGAACUACUGGGCGGAUGAAGUCAGGUGCUCUCUUGGCCCAGAUCCACAGAAACCACGGCAUCUUUUUGCCUCCAAUCGAGGACUCGAUGCAAGCACAAUGGGAUAUGUUGCUGCUUACGUCUUGAAGGAAGAUGGAACGUUGGGGAGCGAGACCCCUCUUGACAUUUGGGAGACACCCACUUCUGGUGGACUUGCGAAUGCUAUUGAAGUGGCGCCCUAUGAUCCUAAGCAUGGAAGUAGCGAGUACUUGGCUUUGUGCGAUAGCGAGGAAGGGGUAGUGUCUGUUCUGAAGUUUGAUGGGAAGAAGAUCAGUGAAGUUGCAAGAGUCAGCUUGGGUAAGACAGAAGAUGGAAAGGUCAUUGGCGCGGCUACGCCAGUGUGGUUAUAAAGCAGAUUUUGAGGAUCAUGGCUACUCUCUGCACUGCACCUGCAACUCCUGCACCCUUAUCCGAGUACCUCCACAAUAGAUACUCUAGUGC